AUGUUGAACUUGAAAUCUAUUUUUAUACUGCUCUUGGGCACGGCCCAGCUUGCAAAAGCCACUGACGCGCAAGUCGUUUUCACUCCCCACACGCACCAGCAUGGCGAAUUCAAGGUUGACGAGGCUAUUCUGGCUGCCUUGGAGGCGCAAUCGGAUCCAGUUGCCGCAAUGAUCCACCUGUCUCCAGAGUCUGAACCAUUCCUGUCUCAGCCGCGACUCCUGCGGGUUCUAGGCGAAUCGAAGCCAGAAUGGAUGACCGAGGGCGACAAGCUGCGGCUCCACCUUCCAGACUUGGUUCAUGAGAGGCUCAUUCGGCCUCUUUUCCAGGAAGUUGAUCAGCAAAGAAUGACUGCUGUCCUCCAGCAUAUGACUGGCUACUAUAACCGGUACUACGGUGAUUUCCACGGUGAACGUAGUUCCCAGUGGCUUCAUGAUCAUAUUGCACAGAUAAUCGCAAACGCUCCUAUGAGCACUCACAUCUCACUUGAAUAUUUUACCCACCCUUUCCCCCAGUCAUCAAUUAUUGCUCGUUUUGAACCCAAAGUCCGCAAUGCUGCCGACCCACUGACCAUCAUGGGAGCGCACCAAGACUCCGCCAAUUAUCUUUUCCCUCUCUUACCAGCACCCGGCGCAGAUGAUGACUGUUCAGGCACAGUGAGUAUUCUAGAAGCCUUCCGUAUCCUAGCCGAGAGCGGCUACGUGCCCCAAUAUGGUCCGGUUGAGUUCCAUUGGUAUGCGGCCGAGGAAGGUGGUUUGCUGGGCAGUCAACGUGUUGCUCGAUACAAGAAGGAGCAAGGAGCGCGAAUCGGAGCUAUGAUGGAGUUUGACAUGACUGCCUAUAUCAGCCGCAACGCAACUGAGAGUAUCGGCUUUAUUUCCACCCAGGCUGACGCGGCCUUGACCAACUGGACUGUGGAACUAAGCAACAAAUACAUCUCGAUUCCUGCUAAAAUCUAUGAUCUUGGACCACUCGCCGGUUCCGAUUACAUGGCGUACACGCAGCUCAACUACCCGGCUGCCUUCGCAUCAGAAGGAAACCCACUAGCCGGAGCGGGUUUCCCGGGUGAGUUUGAUCCAUAUAUCCAUGGAGUCAACGAUACCAUGUGGGUAGAUGAUGAGACGGGCUAUUUCUCUGUGGAUCACAUGGCACGAUUCACCGAAUUGGCGAUUGCGUUUGCAAUCGAGCAGGCAGGCUGGGACAAUGCAUGG